AUGGACCAGUCGCGCAUGAAGCCCUUUGGUGGGUUAUUAUUCCGCUCCGGGACGGACAAGCAAUCGUCGACCAGCGUACCCAGGACUGGGACCGACCUCUCGACUCUCGACAUAUCGGAAGACAAGAAAGGUGCGUUGGGCUUGACAACAAUCUAUAAUCCACCACCGCCUUUUGGCGCCGUAGCGGAUGUCGUCUUGAUCCACGGCCUGGGUGGAGGCAGUCGCAAAACAUGGUCCCACUCACCCGACCCCGAACAUUUCUGGCCCCAGGCAUGGCUACCAGCCGACCCAGACUUUGUGGACGUGCGCAUCCACUCUUUCGGCUACAGGGCCGACUGGGGCGAGAGGCGGCAGAGCACCCUGAAUAUCCACGACUUUGCGCAGUCGCUGAUCGGCGAGCUGAAGAAUAACCCGAGCAUACGCCGGGAUCACACGCGCAUCAUUCUCGUUGGCCACAGCAUGGGUGGGUGCGUCGCCAAGAAGGCAUACAGCCUCGCGCGCCAGGACCAAACCUGUAAGGACCUGGCCGAGCGAGUGCACUCAAUAUUCUUCCUGGGCACUCCGCACCGCGGGUCCGACAUGGCGGUCAUCCUGGAGAGCAUGCUGAUGGCUGCCUGGGGCAAGAAGCCCUUCGUGGCGGACUUGACGCCGAACUCGACCACACUGGCCAUGAUCAACGACGCCUUCCGCCACUUCGCGCCGGACCUGCACUUAUGGUCCUUCUACGAAACGCUACCGGUCAAAGUCGGUAUGAUGAACAGGAUCGUGGUUGACAGGCACUCGGCCACUCUGGGCUACCACAACGAGGAGAUUGCCGCCAUGAACGCCGAUCACCGACAUGUUUGCAAGUUUGACAGUCAAGCGGACCCAAACUAUAGGAUGUUGCGAAAUGCCCUUCACACUGCGGUCGACAUGACCAGAGCCGCGGCAGUGGAGUUGGUCCAACCGCACGCCAGCAUCGACCCGAUGACUUCGGACUCUGCACUUAUCGAGGCCAACUCGCGCCUGAGAUGCUUCCUGGGCGUCGGCAAUACGUUGGAGAACGACCUGGCGACGCUUCAGGGGCUUAAGGAGCCAGGAUCUUGCCAGUGGCUUACAGAAAAGACGUGCUUCACAUCGUGGAAGGCAGGGAAGGCGCCCGGGAUUCUUUGGCUCACAGGUCGACCAGCGGCCGGCAAAUCUGUUCUGUCCAGCCACGUUAUCGACCACCUAAGAACACCCCAUGCUUACUGCAGCUACUUUCUCUAUGGGCAGUCAGUGACGGGCAAGUCUACGCUAAGCGACUGUUUUAGGUCUCUUGCUUUUCAGAUGGCCAUGCGAGACAGCCUGGUGAGAGAUAAAGUUCUGCAACUCGAGGACGAGGGGAUUGUUCUGGACAACAACGACGAUGCGAAUGUCUGGAGAAAGCUGUUUGUCGGCAGCAUAUUUAAACUGCCGUCUAUCUCCCAACAUUUCUGGGUAAUCGACGGCGUUGACGAAUGCGCCAACUUCAAUGCGCUAUUCACCAAAAGAUUACUAGCGACUCUCCCGGAAGAGCUUCGACUGUUUGCUACGAGCCGGAACCUAGAGGCGAUCGAGCGUGGGCUGGUCUCUCUUGGCCCACGGGCGAGUUGUCAGACCUUGUCGGACUCGGACACACUCGACGAUAUGCGACUCUUUCUGAACACAAAACUCAGGGAACUGGACCGCCUUGAGAGUGACGAAGACUGCGAGGCAAUGUGCGAAAAGAUACUCCAGAAGUCAUGUGGUUCUUUUCUAUGGGCCCGGCUCGUCCUGCAAGAGUUUGAGAAUGCUUGGACCGAAGAAGCCAUGGACGCGGUGUUGAACGAGGUCCCUGCCGGCCUUCAAGAUCUCUACUUCAGGAUGGUGCAGUCGAUAGAGGUGGACAACCGCAAGACAAUCCUGGCCAAGGCCAUCCUGGCUUGGGUCGUCCUCGCACCCCGCCCGUUGACUCUCGAUGAGCUGCGCUGCGCCGUCAAGCUCGACCUGAACCAGACACUGCAGAACAUGGACAAGGCGAUUCCCAACUUGUGUGGGCAGCUGGUUUUUAUUGACCAGAGCAACAAGGUGCACAUGAUACACGAAACGGCGCGAGAGUUCCUGGUCUCGGAGGAUCUGGUCUCGGAGCUGGCUGUUCAUAAGAAAGAGGACCACGCGCAUCUGGCGUCGCUGCUGCUCAGGUAUCUCUCCGGCGACGUUCUAAAGCAACAGCAAGGGAAGCGCCAACACAGCGCGAGGCACAGGGGGUUUGCUAAACCUACCACUGUGGCUGCACUUGAUGAUUCUCUGCUUAGCUACGCGUCUAGCUUCUUCUCUGAGCAUGUAUAUCGCUCCUCAUCAGAAGACGAUCACUUGAUGGACGAGCUGUGCGAUUUUCUCAAGAGUAACAACAUCCUCUCGUGGAUAGAGCACAUCGCCAAGACCAACGAUCUGAACGACAUUACCCGAACUGCAAUGGAUUUGCGAAGGUUUCUGAGUCGCCGAGUGAAAUAUGUCCCGCCGACGGAUCCGUCAGUCCACCUUGUUGACGGCUGGGUAACCGACCUCAUCCGGGUAGCCGCCAAGUUCCGCUCCCAGUUGCUGGCUUGCCCAUCUUCAAUCCACACCUUGAUCCCUCCCCUCUGCCCAUCGGACUCGAUGAUCUCGAGAAGCUUUACAAGGGAUGCGCGGCUGUCAGGGCUCAUUGUGAAGGGGCUUCCUGUCGGGACUUGGGAUGACUGCUUGAUCCGUAUGGAUUUCCGAAAGGGCCAGACCACGGCAGUCAGCCACGGGGAACGCUUCUUUGCCGUCGGGCUUUCCACGGGCCAGGUCGCGCUCUACGAUUCCGGUUCAGUCCAAAAUAUACUGAACGUGACUCACCCUGGGAGGGUCAAGAUUCUGGAAUUCAGCCGCGAUGACCAGUACCUUGCCUCCUGUGGCACUAAACAUAUUAUUGUGUGGGAACCGAGAUCCGGGGUCAAGAUGCAUUCGUUUGACCUCCAGUCGCCGCCCCUGGGUGUCGCUUUUUUCGGGGCUAAUGAACUUCUCUGCGCAUUCCAAUCUAGCAAGAUCACGAAAUGGAGUCUCAAUACAGGCCAACAUGACUCGAGGUCCUGGAAAAGCGGCGACUACUCCUAUUCACACGUCGCCGUACCGGAUCAGCCGCCCGUCAGCGCGGCCUUCAUGGCAGGGACUGAUGACGUCUUGCUCGCUGUGGGCUACCGCAACCACCCAGUGAUUAUCUGGAACGUCCUUGAACUAGAGCCAUUGGGACAGUGCGCCGCCGUCGAUAACAACGGCAUCGACGACAUGACCUUCAACCCGAACCCCGAGAUCGUCGCACUGGUCGUAUCAUACAACGACGGUAGACUGUGCGUAUUCGACUACAUGACCAUGGAACCGGCGUUUGCGCUAUCCAGCAUAUUCGCGCAGAGAAUGGCCUGCUCGCCCGAUGGCCGGAGCCUGGUUACCGGUAGCAGCCGCGGCGUCAUUGAAGUUUUCGAGUUCGAUCAGGGUUACGACGGCAGGACCAUCCUGACGCCCAUCUACCGCAUCAAUGCCUUAGAAGACUCGAUCCGCGGCGUCACCUUUAGCUCUGAUGGGCUGCGCUUCGCCGACGUACGGGGCCAACAAUGCCGGGUGUGGGCUCCGGCGGCGCUCGUCAGGAAGAACAACGAGCUGGAGAGCACGAGCGACGCUGUGACGCUCACGGCUAUGGCGGCUGGGGUGCUCGGCGGGCCGGAUAACCCGGAGAUUACCAGCGCCCUGGUGGCGUCUGUGGACGGCCGGUGCGUGGUGGCAGGGAAGCGCGGUGGGAACGUGGCCCUCUUUUCCACCGUCGAUGGGAGGGAAGUCGGCGUCCUCUACCAGCAUGCGCGGGCAGUGUCGGUCGUGGUAGUAGCGCUCGGCGAGCCGGCUAACUUGGUUGUCUCGGCCGAUGACUCUGGCCGGGUGCUGGCGGCCGAGCUCGCAAUGCCGUUGCCGAAUGCCGCCGCGACUGCGCAGUUGCCGGGGCAGAAGCUGUCGCCCUCACGCAUGGUCCUCGACCGCCGGUUCGGUGGAGUCGUCGUCCGCCUGCUCAUCAACGCGGCCGCCGACCGCCUUCUCGUCAGUGGUCGCAAUAUUGACGAACUGUGGGAACUGCCGUCGGGAAAGGUGCUUGCCAGCACGGAACCUCCUGUGCCUGCAGCACCUUCGACAGCUGUCUCUGCUUUGGAUUCGACAUCGACCAGCGGGGCGGCAGCAACCGCCGUAUCUUCGCGCUCCGCCUUCCAACACCCCGCCAACUCGGCUUGGUUUGUUGUCGUGGCAGGCGACGUCGUGCGUAUUUAUAACUGGGCCGACUUCAGCGAGCUGACUCCUGCAGACGGCAUUAGGCUCGAGCGGCCCACGGUAAUACCUACGGAGCAUCUUAGGUCUACGGCAGAUUCUCCGAAAGUGGCAUCCGCGCUGCCGCCGCUUCUGAACAUGUCACAGAGUUCUGCUGCCAUGGCUGCCAUGGCAACAUACCACGUGGCGCCCGGGUUCGUUGUCGAGCAUCUCCAGGCUUGCCCAUCUGCACACCCUCGCCUGCACGUGUGGCCGGCCGCCUCGCUCGACCCGGGCGCACCGGUGGGCCCUGCACUGCCGGCCGCGGAACCAAACCUCGACGCCAUUGCCCCCGCCGUGCUUGCCGUGCUGGGUGUUGUGGGGACGUCGACGCUGGUAUUCCUGGACGUCAAUCUGUGGGUGUGCAGCACCGAGCUGCAGUCCACGGGUGCCAGGAGUGGCAGCGGCAGCGGCUUGCCGCCGACGCCCACCAUCCACGCCCGGCGCCACUUCUUCGCGCUGAGCGAGUGGCGUGCCGUUGGCGGGGAGCUGAGGUGCACCCUGGCCGCGGUCCCAUCGGCGCCCUUGCGCGGCAGGAGCCGGGACGUUGCGUUCGCCGACGGGCACCGUGUUGUGGUUGUCAAGGGCGGGCUCGAGUUUUCGGAGACCGUGGUUGCCGCGAGAAUGGCGCCGGGUAGUGGACAUUCGCACAGAGGAGGAGGAAGCAGCGGAGGGGUAGGAGGUAAUAACGGGCAACAUGUUUGGGAGCCUGUUUCGGGGAGUAUGCAUCGCAGGGCGUCAAAUUGGUAG